UUAUAGUUUUCCCGGUGGAAUAUGUAAAUGAUUUCAAUUGUUUAGAAUUCCAGAGGAAUUGAGAUUGCCUUGUUUCUAGAGUCCGGUCGAAGGUCAGUUUUUCGACUGAAGCCGAAGAUGAAAUGAUACGUACACACAAAAGUGAGCCAACUCUCUUACCCAGAAACCAGAGAAUACCGUCCCGGUUUUUGAUGCGGUGACGUCAUCUCAAAGCGCAAGCCUCAAAUGCCGUUGAGUUUUCCGUGCUUUCAGUUUCGUUGAAGCUUCCAAAGAAAAGGGAUGAGUCCAAUCGUUUCAAAAGCCGAAAUCUAAUCGUGUAAGAUAGAGCAAGGUAAUCUUUAUCAUAGAAUUUUGAUUGAGCGUGAUUAAAUAACAACACGGUUCUGGUCGCAUCGCAUCGAAAAAAAUCAGUGUCCGUUCAGCUUUGACAGUGAUCGCGAGGUGUUUAUAGUGCGGGAAAUGUUGUACGAUGAUGAGAAGGAUGGCGAAAAUUGCGAAAUGCCGCUUCCCUCGCGGCAAGUGCUCCUGUUCGGGCAACGUCGGGUAUUCCCGGCUGAGCGAACGGCUGGACGAGGAGGAAGAAGAGGACGAGGAUGAAGACAGCUUCUGCUGGAGUCCUGAUAAAGCGGAAGAAAUCACGUUCUACAACGAGAACGAAAGCGCCCAGUCUGUAGUGGUGGAAAAAAACUUGUGCGCAAGUGACUUGUGCCAACUUUUGGCCAUGAAAAAUAGAGUAUCGAAAAGCGUACAUUGGAGCAUCGUAGAGUGUUGGACUGACCUAGGACUGGGUAAGUUCAUAUUUGAAAAAAAGGUGUAUCUUAUUUUUGCGUAUUUAUAGUCAAGCAAAGUCGGUAAGUAUUUGUGAUGUGG